GCGCACAACCCAAAUUCAUUUUUUAAGUGACUCCAAAUUACUGUAAGAUUAGAUUUAUUUUUGUAAAGAUUUAUUUUACACAGUAUAGUAUUCUGCUCCUUAAGUUAGAUCUGGAACUAUACAAUAUGGUUACUUGCUUGUAUAAGGUGAGUGAUGAUUAAGAUUGUGCAGAGUGAUAUGAAGUAAGAAGUGCCACCUUUUUGGUUAUGGUGUGUUCAAUUGUCCUACACUGGAGUUGGGACAUUAAAGUGGAUUCCUGUUGCACAGAUGAAGCUCUAGUUUAAUUAAGUUAAGGCAGCCUUACAUUAUCAAACUUCCAAAUUAUUUUUUUGAAAUUUUUGAAUGGAGGUCUUCCAAAUCUGCCCGGUGACUAACUACUACAAGAGGAUCCUGUUACCGGUGUCCUACAGCCUGGUGUUCCUGCUGGGCUUGAGUCUGAACGGCGCCUUACUGUGGUGCGUCUGCUACCGGACGCGUUGCUGGAGCGGCACGGUCGUCUACAUGACCAACCUGGCCGUGGCCGACCUCCUCUACGUGCUCGCCUUGCCGCCUCUCAUCAUCAGCAACGCCAUGGGCGACAUGUGGCCCUUCGGCAACGUCCUCUGCAAGAGCGUCCGCUUCUUCUUCUUCGUCAACCUCCACUGCAGCAUGAUGUUCCUGACGUGCGUCAGCGUGCACCGCUUCCUCGGCGUGUGUUUCCCCAUCGCCGCGGUGCGUCUACGCAGCAAAAAACUCGCUCUCUUCGCGUCCGGGUCUGUUUGGAUACUUGCCACUGCGGAGAUUUUACCCACGCUCGUGUUUGCGCACACUGGUUUUAUAAACAACAUGACUGUGUGUUUUGAAAUGACAAACCCAGGGGAUUUUAAAAUGUUCUUCCCAUAUGGGUUGUUUCUAGCAAUAGUGGGCUUUUUAAUCCCCUUCCUCGUGGUCAUCACUUGUUACUGCUCCAUGAUGGCGGUGCUUUUCUGCAGGGCCUCGGACAACAUCUCCACAGCCAGGACCGCUCGUGUGCGCAACAAGUCUCUCUACACUCUCCUGGUUGUAGUUCUCAUGUUCAUAGUGUGUUUUGUGCCUUAUCACAUUGCGCGGACGGUGUAUUUGUUCGUGAGGGUGUACAUGCCGGGGGACUGUCAGCUGCUCAACGUGGUGAUGAUCUCCUUCAAGGUGUGGAAGCCCGUGGUGAGCUUCAACUGCUGCGCAAAUCCGCUCCUCUACUUUCUGGGCUGCGAUAAGAGGAGGCAGAAGCUGCGGGCCUGGCUGUCCUGCAGGAGGAGGAAGAAGAGGAGGGUGCAGCCAGCCAACGUGAGUCUGGUGGAUGCAGGCAGCACCAACAGGUCCGGAGGAUAGAGAGCAUGCAUUAAUCCAUGAGGGACUUUUUUUUUUUAAUCAUAUAUAAUAACACUAAGACUGCCUAGAAGAUAUGGUGAAGCAUUAUUUUUUUUUUCAUUAUUUUAAAUAUAAAAAUAUGGGAAAAAAAGUGGCAGAAGA